UCCCACUGCGUUCAUACUCUUCAUAGUUCAUACAAUAAGUGUGUGGAUCUUCGCAUUGCUAAUUUACUAAUCAAAAGCAGGGCAAAAAAAAAAGAGAGAGAGAAAAGAGAAAGUAGGAUGGCAGAAUCUGUAGCUAAUGCUUCUCUGGAAACCCUUCGUGAUUUGCUGGUUGAAGAAACUAAGUUUCUGCUUAGUGUGAGCGGUGAUGUUGACAAAGUCAAAGCAGAUCUGAGAAGCAUCCAUGCCUUGUUGAUGAAAGCUGACAGAGAUAGACGUGAUUCUCCAACUCUAAAGCUUUACAUUUCCCAACUCAAAGAUCUUGCUUUCAAAGCUGAGAAUCUGCUUGAAACGUAUGCGGUCGAAGUUGAAUCCAAAAGGGAAGAAGGGCGGAGGAGCCUCAAGGAUAAAUUCAAAAGGUACAUUUGCAUCAUGUGUGAGUGCAGCAGUGUCCAUGAGGUUGGGAAAGAGGCUCGCCACGUAAUAUCUGCCCUGGCUGAACUCACUAACAAGUUAGAGUCGGAGCUGGGACAAGGAAGCACAUCUGUUUUGAAGCAGGAUGAUGAGCGGCAGCGGAUGUUGAGACAGACGUAUGGUCAUGAGGUUGAGCCUCAUUUCGUGGGGAUGGAGAGAGACAUCGAGCUUUUGGUCUCCAAGGUGAAGGAUGAUAAAAGGCAGCGAAUAGUGACGAUAUAUGGGAUGGGUGGUCUCGGAAAAACCACUCUUGCGAGAAAGGUUUACAACCACAGAGACCUCCAAUCUUAUGCUCGAGUAUGGGUUUGCAUCACCCAACAGUUUCAACCUAAGGCCAUUUUUGGCGAGAUUUUGAAACAACUUGAUAGUAGCGUCAAACAAAAUGAGAUUGAUGGCUUGGAAGAUCGCGAGUUGGUGACCAAAAUUCAUAGUUUAUUGGUGGAGAGGAAAUGCGUGAUUGUGAUAGAUGAUAUAUGGGAAGAUGUUCAUUGGGAGAUCAUAAAGAAAGCUCUUCCGGUGAAUUGUAACGUGAUUCUCACCACUCGCUCCCAGAAUAUUGCUAAUCAACAAUCCGAACCUCACAAGUUGAAAUUUCUUACGGAAGAUGAAGGUUGGACUUUACUUCAAAAAGUAGCAAAUUCAUCUCCAGAUUUAAAAUCUUUAGAAGAUGUUGGAAGAGAAAUGGUAUCAAAGUGUGAAGGGUUACCACUGUCAAUUUGUGUUAUUGGAGGGAUUUUGCGCUCAAAAGAAUACGAUUUACCAGAAUGGAAAAAGGUAAAUGCAAACAUGGAAUCAUAUUUAAGGCAUGGAGAAGGUGUUGGAAAAUAUGAAAGAGUAAACCAGGUGCUAGAGUUAAGCUAUGAUGCCUUGCCUUAUUACUUGAAGCCAUGCUUCCUCUAUUUAGCAUGUUUUCCCGAGGAUCACAAUAUUGAUUUAGAGAAAUUGUAUCUAUUGUGGAUGGCGGAAGGCUUCAUUUCAUACCAAGAUAAAGGACCUAACGAGACUCUAAGAGAUGUGGCCCAAGGAUAUCUAACAGAACUUGUUAUGAGGUGUAUGGUUCAAAUCCAUAAAGAUAGUUCCUACCACUCUUCAAUUAACAAGUUUGAUAAGUGUGGGCUUCAUGAUUUGAUGCAUGAUCUCUGCACUUCUAAAGCUGAAGCUGAAGAAGAAAAGUUUCUGAAGCGCAUUGAUGCUUCUGAAUAUCUGACCGACAUUCUUUCGCCAACUCAAAAAAGGAUAGUAAUACCUCCAUUCAUUGUCAAUUCCGAAAGCAGAUUAGCCAUCAAUUGUGACUUCGAGCGUAAAGUGUCAGGUAUGGAUGGGUUAGAGGAAGUUAAAGGUCUUAGAUCGUUUAUGCUUUUCCAAAAUGGAUCAAUUAUACCAGCCUAUAUUGGCUUCAAAGAGAGUAUGAUUGACUUUAAGAUGUCGCAAUACUUGAGGAUAUUUGUGGUAGAAGGUUGUUGGUUUGAAGGGGGAAAGUUACCAAUCAAGGUGGGUGAACUAAUUCAUUUGAGAUACUUGAGUUUGAGGCUUUCUAAUGUGAGAGAGCUACCAAAGUCUGUAUGCAGCAUGCCAUACUUGCAGACCUUAGAUUUGAGAGUCUGGAAUGAUAUUAGAUUGCCAAAUGUGAUUUGUAAGAUGAAAAGACUAAAGCAUCUGUUUCUCCCAAAAAUUGGCAUAGAAGUGAUUGGAGAGGAGAAACUAAGACUAGAUGGGCUACACGAGUUGGAGACAUUAAAAUGGAUCGACAGUAAGACAACUUGCAUUGCAGAUAUCCCCAAAUUGAUUAGUCUACAGAGUCUACAUGUUAUAGUUUGUGAUGAGGAUAGCAUGUCAAUUGUGUUGAGCAACAAAAAUAGCCAAUUAUGUGAGACUCAUCUUGAGGUUCAGUCCCGUGAUCUAAGUUCAGAGAAAGAUAUGGAGGUUUUAAGUGAGGGGUUGAUGUCUCCAUCGUUGGUUACUUUGAGGAUGUCUGAAUGCAAUAUGAGUGGUGGUUUUCCAUACUACAAACAAGGGAUGUGUCAGAAAUUAGUAAUUUUGAAACUAUAUAAGUGCAAGGGUAUGGUAGACGUGGAGGAGUUUGGCAAGUAUCCCAUGUUGCAAGUGCUAACUUUACAGGACUUUGUCAAUAUGGCAGAAACAAUAACUUUCCGUUCAAAUUCAUUUCCACAACUCAAGCACCUUGGAUUAGGCGGGUUGCGAGGUUUAAAGAAAUUGGAAGUGGAAAAAGGAGCAAUGCUAAAACUUACUUCCUUUGACAUCACGGAGUGCCCCAAUUUGGAGAAGGUUCCAGAUGGUUUGAGAUUCUCCUCCUCUCUUCGACGGAUGAGAAUGUGGAAUAUGCCAAGAGAAUUUUCAGAGAGAGUAAAGGAAGAAGAUUAUGGGCCAUUUGUCGAGAAGGAUAUUAGAGAAGAAAAAGCAAGCUUAAUUUUGUGAAGAAGAAUCUUGGCCGUAAGCUGAGAAUUUAGGAGCAAGUGCCUGAUGUUUUUGGAGAUGAUAACUUUCCAGUCCACCAGAGCUUUGAUUCCUAGUGAAGGCUCACAAGACUUGCUCAUUCGCAUUUAUUGGCUCAAUUAAUGAUAAGACUUUCUUGAAUUGUGUUUAUGUACUCUCAUAUUAAUAAUUAGGCUCUCCAGCUCACCUCCACGGCCAACACCUAAGCUACCUACAUCGGCUCCAACACAUCCGCACCGCAGCUGACAUCCACAUCAUAUGUUUCAAGAUUAUGUUUAGUUAUUUCCUUAAAGAGUUAAGUCUAUUUUAAGUCUUAUCAUCGAGUCGGUUAUUUAUUUUCAUCCGGGUUUUCUUUGUGGUUCUUUCCCGAAUCAGAUUAUGAGAGUCGAACCACACAUAGGUUUAGGUUUGUUUUUCCAUUAUAAAAGAGUCUUGCCAUUUUCAUUAUAUAAGUUGAGCAAUAUGAACUUUGGUGGAUUUGUUUUUUUUGACCAACAAAUGCUUGUAUUAUUGUUAUAUGCUCCUAUAGUUUUUGUGGACAUAUGAAGUAAUAUUGUUUAUUGAUUCUUUGUUCUUUCAA